CAUAAUCCGCUUUCUUCCGAAAAAGACGUCAUUAAAAGUUUAGACAUGCGUAGUACACACCAGUUAAUUCUCUCGCACUAAGCUAUCAUUCUUAACCGGUACUCUUAGAAAUCAUUAAAAUUUGACCAACAUGCCUGAACUUAAAGUUGGAAUCAAUGGAUUUGGACGCAUCGGACGUCUCACACUAAGAUGUGCUCUUCAAAAGGGAGUUAAAGUUGUAGCAGUCAAUGAUCCCUUUAUUGGUCUUGAUUACAUGGUUUACAUGUUUCAGUAUGAUUCUACACAUGGUAAAUUUAAGGGAUCUGUUUCACAGAAAGAUGGAAAGUUGGAGAUUGAUGGACAACUCAUCACUGUUUUUGCAGAGCGUGAUCCAGGGGCCAUUAACUGGAAAUCUGCAGGUGCUGACUAUGUUGUUGAGUCAACAGGUGUUUUCACUACAACUGACAAGGCACUUGUUCAUAUCAAGAGUGGUGGGGCAUCAAAAGUUGUGAUUUCUGCUCCAUCUGCAGAUGCACCCAUGUUUGUUAUGGGUGUCAAUGAAGAUAAAUACACUAAGGAUAUGGCUGUUGUCAGCAAUGCUUCUUGCACAACUAACUGUUUGGCACCUCUUGUCAAAGUUAUCAAUGAUAAUUUUGGAAUUGUUGAGGGACUUAUGACAACCGUGCAUGCUGUUACAGCCACACAAAAAACUGUUGAUGGGCCCAGUAACAAGGACUGGCGUGGUGGACGUGGUGCUUUCCAGAACAUCAUCCCAUCUUCAACUGGAGCAGCCAAAGCUGUUGCAAAAGUUAUUCCCUCUGUAGAUGGAAAACUGACUGGAAUGGCUUUUAGAGUCCCUGUUCCUGAUGUAUCAGUUGUUGAUCUUACAUGCAGACUUGAAAGAGGGGCAUCCUAUGACGAUAUUAAAAAAGCUAUCAAGGCUGCAUCUGAAGGACCCCUGAAGGGCAUCCUGGGUUAUACUGAUGACGAGGUUGUGUCCCAGGACUUCUUGGGAGAUGACAGAAGCUCUAUUUUUGAUGCCAGGGCUGGCAUUGCCUUGAAUAAUAACUUUGUUAAACUGGUGUCAUGGUAUGAUAAUGAGUAUGGCUACAGCAACCGUGUAGUUGAGCUUAUCCAGCACAUGUUCAAGGUCGACAACCAAUAAAUUAAUCAUUAGCACUAGAAAACUAAUUUCCCCAAGUUUAGGUAUGUCAGCUGAACACUAAAAACGCUGGUUAAAAAUUUCUUACUUUAGGAUUCAUGUCAUUGGUGUACAAUUUGUAAGCUGUUUCAGCUUUGUCAUCAUCAAACAUGGGAGAUUAUCUUUAAUGUGAAGAUCUAAUUUUUCAUGCUUUUUUCCUUAAAAUACUUUAUGUAGCUGUGCAUAUAUGAGUGUCUGUCAUAAAUGACGCUAGAAUAAUUUAUCAGUGUACAUUUUUAGAUGUAUGAAUGGCUGCAGCACAAUGUAAUACAUUUGAGGCUAUACAAUCCCGAGCUAAUUGACCCACUUAAUUCCAAUAAUCUGAUAAAUUUUCCCUGUAUCUGGACUGCUGGUUCAUUUCACAGGAAUUUUUUUAUGCCACCUACAAUCUCACUUUCUGCAAUCUUUUAAUUAUAAAUUCCUGAAUUGUCUAGUUAGUUUACAGUACCAAGUAGUACAUAAAUAUUGUGACUAGUAAAUUUUACUGGUUCACUUGUUCAAAAAGUUUGCAAAAAAAAAAUUUUGUUGUUCAGUAUUUUCAAUAAAUAUGGAGUGUAA